AUGAGGACCUACACUAUUUUAUCUUUUAAGGCUUUGAGAGUCUAUCCAUUUGAUUGUAUUGUAUUUAAUGAUGUUGAUACAUAUCCAGAGAAUGACAAUCUUCUAUAUAGAUGCUCAACAGAUCCAAAAUAUACUAAACAUUUGAGUGUUUAUCUUGAAAGGGGAGAAUAUAAGGAGUUAUAUCCGGAAUUUGUUGGUGGUGUUCUGGCAUUAACAGUAGACCAACUCAGAAAAAUUAAUGGAUAUUCAAACGAUUUUUGGGGAUGGGGAGGAGAAGAUGAUGAUUUAAAUACAAGGUAUUAUCCGCUAGAUAGUCUUUAA